GUGGGUCUUCUCAUUUACCUUGAUUGAGAGUAAGGUGCCAAAUGAGUGUGUUGACUUUUCCCUUAGCCUCCCAUCCGAAUUAGGCCAUCAAAUAGAUAAAUAACCUCUGCAAAUACUCCCCUCCAUAGCCAUGAACCGAGCUCAAGGUUGAAGAAGGCUCAAGGAAGAAGAAAGGCUUGGAAAAGAAGAGAAAAACUUAGAAAAAUCAAGGAAUUUUACCAAGGUAUUCUAGACUUCUCAAGGAAUCUAGGAGUGGCCGGAAAAGUCGCCGGAGCCGCCGGAGUUUUCGCCGGAAAAUUCAAAAGUCGCCGGAGUUCAAACAAAGAAGAUAAAAGCUUGCUAGCGUCAUUUCGAGGUUGAAGCUAGAGCUUACUUCCUGCACCCGUUGCUCGGGAGAUCGAUGGAGAGAAGACGUGGUUCGUGCUUCCUCUCGUUCCGUUUUUAAAUAAUUAAAUAAUGCUCAUGGAACUAUUUUCACUUAUAAAUUAAUGGAGCCUGCGAGCUCUUGUUUUACCCUUGUGUGGGUUCUUACUAAACACUUAUAUUCCGCUAUGUGUUUGAUUGUAUGUUGAUGUUGUUAUGUAUGUUUACUAAUCGGUUUUGGCAUAUGUAUCUUUCGAACGUCUUGUAUAAUUCGGUAAGGAUGAACUGUGGUUAUUCUUAUUGGGUUGUACGACGGUUGUCCACGUGGCACAGACGCGGUCUGGGGCGUGACAAUUAAGUGGUAUCAGAGCCAAACGGUUUCUAAACUAUAUAGUCAACCUCUCAACAAAGUUUCUAUCAAAACAGUUUUCAAUGAAAAACCAUGAGCAUAAGUUUUGUACUUUAAGAGCAUUUGGUUAUCGAGUUGCAAGGUCUCUGGUUGUUAAGAUGGGCCCCUUAACAAUUGGUAUGGCAGUGACUUGAGCCAAGGUGUGUCUUGAGUACGUUUCUGUCAAUUGACAUUCAAACGAGUCCAAAGACUCAUUCCAACAUAUUCUUUCAGGAAUGGGUGGUAGUGAUAGGGCGGUUCGAGGAAAUCCGAGAGGGCGCGCACCGGGGCUAGCCGGGCAAGCCAAUCGGGGGAUAUCAAGGUCGCGUAAAAGGCGAGGUAUGGGCAAUCAAGGCCCACGAACACGAGCCACGAUGGCUGAUCACAAUGUGACUGAAUUCGAGUCGUGGAACUCGGAGGAUGACUCAACUUAUCACUCUGAAGGUGAGUCAGAUGAAACUUCUUUUGAGGGAAACAGUGGAGAGGAUAUACAUGGUAUUCCUCCUGACCAAAUUAGUGAGAUGUACCGAUGGUACCAGCGUGAAAGGGAAAGACAACGACAGAGAUCCCAGGCGGGACAUGUCAGAGACGAGACCUCUUGUAAAAGGGGUCAGGGUGCUCAUAGAGCACAUGUUAGGACAGUCAGAAAUUCUGAUGGCGAAGGACCAUUCAUUAAGAUCUCAAAGUAGCUCAAAGAGGCUAGGGCCUUGGGGUGCAAACCGUUUGAUGGGACGGGGGAUAUCUCGGAAGCAGCCGAGUGGAUAAAAUGGUUAAAUGAUGCAGCCGACGACAUGCAAGUGGUCCUUGAACGGAAGUUAAGGGUAGCCACUAGAUUAUUGGAAGGCUUAGCUUCUACUUGGUGGGAAGGCAUCAAGAGUAAGUUUGACGGGGUUGUCACGUGGGACAACUUCGAGCAAGCAUUCUAUGAGCAGUUUUACACCUCUUUUGAAGUAAAUCGAAAGAGAAGGGAAUAUACCAAUCUCAAACAGGGCAAUGAGUUCUCAGUGAAACAAUUAGAACAAAGGUUCCGACAUUUGGCAAGGUUCUUGCCUGAAUAUGCCGCAAAUGAGGAUCGAAUGGCGAACCAUUUUUGGAACGCACUAAAUUUGGAGGUACGUGAAAGGGCGACCUACCAAUUCAGCAUGACUUUCAGUCAAGUAGUAGCCCAGGGUCUCCAGGGGGAGGAGCUUUGGGAGGAAAGACAAACAAUGGGUGUUAAGGAAGCACAAGAAAGGGAUCGAGUGAUCAAUCAUCCUCCACAACGAGAGAGAAGGUAUCAUCUUCAGAGCAAGAGAGACUCUAACACGUCAGUUCCGUUUCAAAGAGAGAGCCGAGAUUGGGUAAGUCGAAGCUCAAGCACUCGGGGCACGGGAGCACCCAAAUGUGAGAAUUGUAGGCGAAAGCACUAUGGGAUAUGUCUAGAACCAGCUAGAUGCUACUUUUGUGGAGAGACGGGCCACAUAAAGGCUCUUUGUCCACAACGUGUGCGGGGAGGAGCCUUGGGGGCCCAUAGGGGAGUCACGGAGGUUGCAAACCCAACAGGGAUUGCUUCAAAUGUUUUACCAUCCACCAAUCGGUGGAGAACUCGCUCGUGAAGGCGAUGGAUGAUAGAAGCCACUUGUGGGAAUGACUAUGGCAUAAGCCAUGAACCGAGCUCAAGGUUGAAGAAGGCUCAAGGAAGAAGAAAGGCUUGGAAAAGAAGAGAAAAACUUAGAAAAAUCAAGGAAUUUUACCAAGGUAUUCUAGACUUCUCAAGGAAUCUAGGAGUGGCCGGAAAAGUCGCCGGAGCCGCCGGAGUUUUCGCCGGAAAAUUCAAAAGUCGCCGGAGUUCAAACAAAGAAGAUAAAAGCUUGCUAGCGUCAUUUCGAGGUUGAAGCUAGAGCUUACUUCCUGCACCCGUUGCUCGGGAGAUCGAUGGAGAGAAGACGUGGUUCGUGCUUCCUCUCGUUCCGUUUUUAAAUAAUUAAAUAAUGCUCAUGGAACUAUUUUCACUUAUAAAUUAAUGGAGCCUGCGAGCUCUUGUUUUACCCUUGUGUGGGUUCUUACUAAACACUUAUAUUCCGCUAUGUGUUUGAUUGUAUGUUGAUGUUGUUAUGUAUGUUUACUAAUCGGUUUUGGC